AUGAGCGAGAGGAAGGAUAAGGCCAAGACCCUUCAGUCGUACCACGAGGCCUCGGCGUCCACCUCAUCGCUCCUGGGCUCGGUCAAAGAUGGAAUUUCCAGCAAUUCCAAUUCGCCAUCAUCCAAAUUGAGCAGGACCAUGCGAGACCCCGCUUCUUCAUCUCCCUCGACAUCGGCCACAUCAUCCCCGUCGGGCAAGGACAAGAAGGAAGCGAAAAAGAAUCACAAACAUGCCAAAGACAAAGAACCGAGCGUGGAUCAGGAGCAGCUGCUGCUCCAGGCCGAGAACAGGCCGCAGUGCGAGUGCGGCACGGCCUGCACCAGCCAGGACCCCCUCCACUGGGUCCACUUCCAACACACCCCGCGCUCGCCCACCGCCUCAGCCUCGUCCCACGAGGUGCGCGUGCGAAGUAGCUCGCCUUCCACGACGGAGCGAGAGCCGGCCAAGAGCGGGCGCAAGACGCCGCGCGGGAAGAGCACACGACGGAAGAGCCGGGACCGAACGCAGCAGCCGGCCGGCGGCGACGGCGACGACGGGAGCAGCAGCGACUCGGGCUCGGGCGUGAUGGGCACCGUGAUCGUGCACAGCGGCGACCUGGGCGGCAGCAUCCACUCGUUGAGCGGCGGCAGCAGCGCCGUGAGCGACGACGACUACAACAACGACGACGACGAGGGGAGCGGCACGAUGGUGAUUCGCGACGAGGUCAUGCUCGAGCGGCUGCACUCGGGCGACUACGACGCCACCGCGGCGCCGGGCGCGAACGGGGACGACGCGGCGGCGUCGGUGAUCGUUCACUCGUCGCGCUCCGAGGUCCAGCCGUCGUCGAGCGCCAACUCCCCACGGCCCUGGCUCAACAAGUAUCGCUCACCCGAGACCUGGGAACGAAAUAUUAUCGCUUUGGAGAAGGGCGAGUUCACGGAGGACAUGAACGAGGAGGCCUUUGGCAAGUACGUGCGCAACAAGCCACGGCCCUCGGCCCAGCAGCUCUUCGUGCAGCUCUCGUCGCCCGCCCUCCUCGCGGCCCGGGAGAAAGCCUCGGCGUCCGCACCCUCGUCGCCGUCGGCCAAGACGAAGAAGAAAUCGAAGAAGACGCCCUCGUCCGCCGCAUCGUCGCCCACAUCAUCAGCUCCAUCGACUCCGCACUGA